UCACCACAUAGGACAGUGUGCGGUGUCACUGUGUCCGCCAGGGGGCGCGUCGACGGGUUGCGGGAGGGUGGGUGCGUUCCCGCAGCAACAGGGAAGAUGGCAGCUCUCACAUCUCUCACCCAGUUGUCAAGCGGGAACCCUGUAUAUGAGAACUUUUACAGACAGGUGGAUCCAGGGAAUACAGGGAGAGUGGGACCAACAGAAGCUGCCCUGUUCCUAAAAAAGUCCGGACUGCCUGACAUUACACUGGGAAAGAUUUGGGAUUUGGCAGAUCCUGAUGGAAAAGGCUAUCUGGACAAACAGGGGUUUUACGUCGCUCUGCGGCUGGUGGCGUGUGCUCAGAGUGGACAGGAAGUCAGUCUGUCCAGCCUCAACCUCACUAUCCCUCCUCCCAAAUUUAAAGACACCAGUAGUCCAUCUCUGAGCAGCACAGCUUCUGCUUCCACCGAAUUACAUUGGGCUGUCAGGCCAGAGGAGAAGAGUAAAUUUGAUGGGAUCUUUGAAAGUUUGGCUCCAGUCAAUGGUCUUCUGUCAGGAGAGAAAGUCAAACCAGUCCUCAUCAACUCCAAGCUACCUCUGGAUGUCCUUGGGAAGGUUUGGGACCUGAGUGACAUAGAUAAAGAUGGCCAUCUGGACAAAGAUGAGUUUGCAGUGGCCAUGCACCUUGUGUACAGGGCCCUGGAGAAGGAGCCUGUUCCUGCACUCCUCCCUUCUUCCCUCAUCCCUCUAUCCAAGAGGAAGAAGAGUCUGGGCUCAGUGGCCAGUUCUGUCCCUGGACUACCUGCCAGCCCUCCACCACCAAAAGAUUCACUACGCUCCACACCCUCCCAUGGCAGCAUGAACUCACUCAACAGCACCGGCAGCCUUUCCCCCAAACACACACUCAAGUCUGGACAGCAUAUGGUGAACUGGGUGGUGCCAGUGUCAGACCGUGGUCGCUAUGACGAUAUCUUCCUGAAGACUGAUGCUGACUUGGAUGGUUUUGUCAGUGGACUGGAAGUAAAGGACAUCUUCAUGCAUUCUGGACUUUCUCAGAAUCUCCUUGCCCACAUAUGGGCUUUGGCAGACACAAGGCAGAUAGGCAAGCUGACCAGGGAACAGUUUGCUCUUGCUAUGCAUCUCAUCCAGCAGAAAGUCAGCAAGGGUAUAGACCCUCCACAGGCCCUGACUACGGAAAUGAUACCUCCCUCUGAGAGAGGCACUCCAGUACCAAGUAUGUCAGGAUACAUGACCCCAGUGGGAUCAGAGAUGGCUGCUCUGUCUGAUAUGAGAAGGGACAGCUCCAGCUCAGUGGGAUCGGGGGAGUUCACUGGCAUCAAGGAGUUGGAUGACAUCAGCCAGGAAAUAACCCAGUUGCAGAGGGAGAAGUACACCCUUGAGCAGGACAUCAGGGAGACAGAGGAGGCCAUCAGAUAUAAGAGUGCAGAGGUGCAGGAGAUGCAGAAUGACCUGGACCGAGAGACAGCCAGCCUGCAAGAGCUCGAUGCUCAGAAACAAGACGCCCAAGAACGGCUGGAGGAGAUGGACCAGCAGAAACAUAAGUUAGAAGACAUGCUGAAUGAAGUCCGAAUUAAAUGCCAGGAAGAGUCUCAGAUGAUCUCCACGCUCCAGAGUCAGAUCCACUCCCAGGAGUCAGACUUGCAGAGCCAGGAGGAAGAACUGAGCCGGGCAAAGGCCGACCUGGGCCGAUUGCAACAGGAGGAGAAACAGCUGGAGCAGAGCCUGGCUGCUGGUAAGAUCCAGCUGGAGACCAUCAUCAAGUCCCUUAAGGCCACGCAGGAUGAAAUCAACCAGGCUCGCAGUAAAUUGUCACAGAUCCAGGACAGCCAACAGGAAGUGUCUAAAAGCAUUGAACAGUACAACAGCACCUUGAAUGGAACCCAUGGAGGCAGUAUGACUAACCUGGCUGACAUGAGUGAGGGCUUCAGUGACAGAGAAAAUGGAGGAUUCCCAUCCAUGGUGAGACCAGCACAGGAGGAUCCUUUCAAAGUGAAGCCAUCAGUGUUCAACAGCCAGCCUCAGGAGCUUCCCACUGACCCCUUCCACUCUGAAGACCCCUUCAUAACAGACCCAUUUAAAGGUGACCCUUUCCAAAAUGACCCUUUUGCAAAGCAGCCACCAACGUCCACAGAUCCAUUUGGAGGUGACCCGUUCAAAGAGACAGAUCCAUUCAAAGCUUCAUCAGAAGAUUUUUUCAAGAAGACCACAAAGAUGGACCCCUUCUCCACACCAGACCCCUUCAAUAAAAGCGCCACGUUACCUUCCAAGGUACUUGUCAAUCAAAAUCAAGCCAGUCACUUCACAAGCAAUGACCCAUUCUCAUCAAGUAACCCAAAGCCCAGAGGAGCAGACCUAUUUGGCGCAUUGGACCCGUUUGGCAGCAGUUCAUUCAGCAACAGUAGUAACAGCUCAGCUGGAUUUGCAGACUUCAGCCAUAUGUCGAAGCCCAGGGACCCUUUUGAAGGCAGAGCCGGCUGGCUGCCAGACUACCAGAAGUCAGUUUUUGUGGACGACCCAUUCAGCAGGAAGAAUGACACACCAGCUCUGCCACCAAAGAAAAGUGUUCCCCCAAGACCCAAGCCACCCAGUGGUAAGAGCACACCAGUGAGCAUGUCUGGCACAGGCGACCCUUCCAAACCGUGUGACCCCUUCCAGCCGUUCGGCAGCGACGCCAUCGAUCCAUUUCAGAGUAAAAAGGGCCUGGGAGACCCAUUCAGUGGCAAAGACCCUUUUGCUCCAUCCUCAGCAAGACCUGAAAAAGUUAAGUUUGGGAAUGAGGCUCAGCAGUUGGAGUGGGCUAAGAGGGAGAGUGAGCGAGCAGAGCGUGAGCGGCUGAAGAGGCUCAGACAGCAGGAGCAGGAAGACCUGGAGCUGGCCAUCGCCCUCAGCAAGGCCGAGAUGUCCAACGCAUGACCCACCACACGUAGACAGACAGUGCGUAGACAGGAUAACAAACAGGCAACAUGACUGACAUCUACAUAACUGACACCUUCACCUCCACUACUUACAUCCUCCCAUACUCAAUGACUCAAUGAAUGAGGACCAGAAAGAUGCAGAAAGACCCUCCGGGCAAGUCUUGCCACUGACCCACGUAAAAGGAAAAAAAAAGGAAAGAAAGUGUGGGCCCGAGAAGUCAUCACUGCAAAACUCCUGCUGACAUGAAGAGACAGAAUACUGAAGGAGAGAAGGAGGAGCAGGUACUGUGUAUAAGCACCAUGGUGGCCGGACAGUGUUGGGUCCACUCACUGGACUGAGCAGAUAAGCAAAGCAUACCUGACACAUCACAUUGGCAGUUUGCAUUUCAGCCUGUUGUUUUUCUUCUCCACCUUCUCUCACGGGUGGAAAAAGGAAGCAAAUUUGCUAACAAUACUACUGCUUCCAUUCUAACAAGCAGCAGUGAAGAAAAAUCACAGCACAAUUCUUACUGCCAUGGUUCAGAGGAUUUAUUUCCUGCUGUGUAUGUGUGACGUGGACAUAUCACUGAUUCUGAUGUAAAGAUUGUGUUACUUAGUAUUCAGCAUUGGGUUGUUUUUCCGGUAUGAAGUGCUAUAGAAUGAUAUGUUGCAAAAGUAUAUGUGAAUAUUGAGGCAUAUGGAGAAGACUGAAUCUGGAUUUUCACUCCUCAGGAUCAAGAAUUUUCACCUCAGUUCAGUUUGCGCUCCCUGUUUUUCCCUCAGGAAACACUCACUGAUCCAGACUCAGAUGAGUUUUAUUAGUUGACUUCUUUUCACUCCACUACAUGCUAAAUCAGGCAAACUGAAAUUGAUAAUCAUCUUCUCAUCUGUCUCUGGGUACAUCGAAGCAUAUGUCUCAGAAUGUUGAGUUUCCUUUUAUUUCUAUCCCACACCAGGGGUCAUUAGAGAGAAUCUGGCCCCUGGUCCACACCGUCUGCUUCUUUCUUCCAGGUCAGAUAUAGUCAUUGAUAACAUUAUUAACCAACAUUAGAGGGAUAUGUUCACAUUUCCCUUUUGUGACGUUAUGGGAGAAAAAAAACCUGAUACAUCCAUUACACAGAAUCCCUCUAAUGUUACUGGUACCUGGCAGGUUGAAGUAAUGGUUCAAAUGAGUGACAGUAAGAAAUGUACAGAUAUAUUUUCUUUUUCAUGGAGUGUGAGAUAGUUCUGUGGAGACUUUUAUUUGAUGACAUCGGGUAUUCUCUCCCCUGCUGUCAUGUAUAUAGACCAACAUAGCUAACUAUGCCUCUACUCUAAUCCUGCUGUGACAUACACCACAUCCAACAGAUGAAAGGCAACACGAGGGAAUUAUUUUUUCUACAUUCGAUGAUGUUUUCUUCAUAGAGAGCUAUGGUUUUUAACACAGGUUUUAUUUCUUAUUAUUCUGUCGACAUGUUUUUGUUUUAAAAGAACAUCACACUUUACGUUUUGUGACAUCAUUUGCUGUUGAGUUGACGUUAAAGUCCCUCUCGAGCUAUUAAGAGUGUUCGGAAAAGUCUUUGAGUUGCUGACAGGUGUCAUUACGCUGGAAACAGGAAAUAUGUGAAAAAGUUUGUAACGUAUCAUAGUUUAAUCUUCCAUCAUGGACGGAAACCACUAACCUUAUUUUUCUGUGAGCUGUCCCUUUACUUGAAGCGGAGACUGAUGUUUGAGUGAGACAGUUUGACUUUCUAUUUCACUCAGAGCUGCUGUGUUGUAGUUUCAUGUCAUAUUGUGUUUUAUAUAUGUGUCUGUAUUACGUGUCCAUGAUCACUCCCACUCUUAGUGUUUUGCCAUGUGCAUGUCCUGCAGUCAGAUCCUGCUCAGAGCACACAAGUUGUCCCGAUCGUGACUUUAAGGGAGGAGUUUUUUUGUUAAACUUGGUUGUCAUGGGAAGAAAAGUCUUUAAUUACUUUAUUGAUACCACUGUAGCAGGAGCAUUAUACAAUGCUGAAUAUCUCCUGAUAGAACCUGAACAUUUCAGUCAUUCAGUAAUUCCUCGAAGCUACAGGAAGAAUCUUGAAAAUACAAAGUUCUCUUAACAACUUGGAAUUUUUUUGAAGUGAAUAUAAAUUAGGAGAUUGUUUUUAUCAGUAUACUCUCAUAUAGUGUCCAGACACUAUAUAGAUUCCUGUUUGCCAGGAUGAAAUCCUGUGUCAUGAUUUAAUUUAUAUUGUUUCAUUUAACCCAAACCUCAGUCUAAUUUGUUGUACGUGUUUUUAUCAUGUUUCUAAAUUGUUUGCCCAUUAUAAGAGUAGUUUAUAUUUUCAUAUUUUUCCCAUAACGAAUGUUAUGAACAUAUAUUUUACCAAAAUGUCUAUGUUGUUAAAAUUUGAUGUGAUGCCUAAUAUGAUGGUCCUGGAUCAGGGCUAGCUCUUUGUCAAAUGGUAAAAAGCUGAAUCUUUCGGGAGAAGUAAGAAUGUGAACUCAGUCCUCUGUAUUUGGUUACAGCAGCCUGUGACGAAGGCUUUGCACUGACUGGUACGGCAAGUUAUAUCUGCUUCUCCAGUCACCACAUUGAGGAGGUCAAUACCAGGACUGAAAUACUGAACAAAUUUCUUUCCACCUUAUUAUGUCUGGAACUAUGUCUCUGCUGGAAUCGAUAAUGUGAAUUCACUCACAUUGGAGUUGAAUGCUGUUGAAGUUGAUGUGCAGCCACUGAUUCUGCCACAGUGCGAAUUGCCUCUCCCUGCCAUUUUCUUUGUCAUGUUUACAUAUCAUUGAUAUUUACUUUGCUGUAGCUGUUACAAACAUUGUUCCUGUAGAAGAGUGACCCUGGUAUUACAUGAGCCUCUCCAUCUAAGCUGUGCACAGCUAACACCUCUGUUGGCCUUCCAUCUACUGCUGAGUCAUAAAGCGUCCUAGCUUUUUCAAACGGUUGCCAUGCUCCUGCCACCCGGCUGUGGAAAUGUCACUAGAUGAGCAACUGUUAAUAUAUCAUCGUCAGUUUUCAGAUCUCACAGAAAGCAGAAUCACAGAAUUGUGCUGUUUGUGGUUUUUCUCUCUUCAAACUCACCACCUUUUUUUUUUGGUCCCUACUUAAAACUUGUUAAAAAAAGUCAUUAGUGUUACAUUACAUGAUGUGCUGGUAGUUUACAUGUCAUUGCCAACAAAGUCCUUUUCAGUUAAUUUAAGUGCCAGCAGCUUUUCACAACAAUGUGACAAACGCCUUGUGCAGCAAAAAUAACAAGACUGGCUUUGAGUGUCCAUUUAAUAUCUCCACAUGACACAUCAGCCAGAUGUUUCAGCUGCCACAGGAAAGUAAACCCUUAAUGACACAUGAAAACACCACUCUAUCAUUUUCAGUAGAUAUGGUGUGUUUUUCUGGAGCUUGUGUGAUGGUUGAUGGUUGGGCCCAGUUGUGUAAAAUCCCUCAGAUAAAACCAGGAACUAUUUGAUCAAAGAGUAAUCCACGGACCUGAUCAUAUGUCUGAUGACAACUCUUCCUACUUGGCAGUUUUUGUCAGUUUUCAAUCAGAUCCAGUCUUCAAACUUGAUACUGAGCCAUAGUGUGACCUCUGACCCCCCUCUGUCCUUCAUGUUUUUCUGUCUUUGUCCCUCUGACCUCAGCCCGUCUGCUGUGUGCUGCUUAGACUGGAGAGCUCCAUAGCGGUACCCUCAUCCAUACUGUGUUUGUCAUCCGACUCCUCCAUUGUGCAAUAGAUGAUGUUUGUUUUAAUUGUGUUGUGCAUACUGCGAAAGCAGUCUGGUGAUUUUUAUAUGUAGCAUAUGUUUUCAAUGUGUUUAUUUAUGUACCUUCCACCACCCAACUUGCUAAUUUCAUCCGACUAAAGCAGCACAAUCUAAAACCCUUUCAUUACAGAAUGGUUUUGUCUAUUUCGGAAAACAAAAUAGUAACACAUGUUCAACACUCAGUAUUUUAAGCCACACAAUUAUUAUUUAAAACAAUCCAUAUUUAUAUAGUGACAACUGAGACAUCACUUUUUAUGACUGAAUUCCUUAGUUAUAGUCAGUUUUAUGGAUAAUUCAUAUAGAUGUAACGGAGAUGAAUUGUGUCUUUACUGACAUGCUGAUGAUUAACAGUGAGCUGCCCACAUUUUUUUAUUUUAUUUCAUUUUUCGUUCUCUUCAAUAUUACUUGUCUGAGGCAUGUUUGAUUUUUUUCCCCUCGCCCUCACACAAAGAUAAAAUAAUCUGAGCUGUCUUUAUUAAGAUGGAUACAGUGUGUAUACAGUCUGUAUAGGAUAAUGUCUAUAAUAUUUGUCCCUUAAAAGUGAAGAAGAAGAAGAAGAAGAAAAAGUAAACUUGACAAGGAACCAUUUGGAAGGUUGCCUACACUUACACUUAUGCUGAGAGAAUUAUUUUGAACAGUGAUCCUCUCUACAUGGUCUGUACUGUUUACUAGAAUAAACGUUUCAGUUUAAUGAGAAUGGACUUGUGCAUGUUCUGUUACAGGAGCUGGGUUGAAGAUCAGUAAACCAGCGGAACUCAACUCUAAAAGUGGCUGCAAUUUUAUGUUGACUACACCUGUAUUUUAAUAUUGCACUUCCAUA